AUGGCUGGUCCACUUUGGUUUCUUUUUUAUCUCACAGCCUUUUAUUACACCGCUUCCGCAGAUCUACGCACGGAAUACGCUCACUAUGCUGUUUUAGACGGAGAGGAGAAGAUGAAGCUGUUUUGGACCGUUGAUUGGGACGCUGAAACUGUUUCUUUUGCUUUGGAGGCGGCGACCACUGGAUGGGUUGGAUUUGGGUUCUCCACUGGUUCUGGGCAAAUGGUUGACAGUGAUGUUGUAAUCGGAUGGGUCAAAGAUAACCAGGGUUAUCUAACGGUAAGGAUACUGUUAAUUACGUUGGUGUUGUCAAAACAUUGUUGUUUUGCCGCGGCAUUCAGGAGAACGUCAAUCCUGUUUGGUUCACGUGGGCUUCAUAAAGUACAAUUCGAUUGCGGAGGACGUAAUCCCCUCAAAAACGCAAAACAAAACUUAUAGAACAAAAGCAAUACAUUUUGAUUGAGAGCGAUAAUAGCGGUAGCGGUAAUUUUAUUGAUUUGAGACCCUUCGAUGUUCCAGGAAAGUAUUGAACCCUUGACAUUCAUUGUAGAACGGCUUAACGGGGUAAAAUGCUGCAUGAGGUUUGAUGUCAUAAAGUACUGUUUGUUUCAAGGGUAAGGAUAUAAUUUUAUCCCACAAUAUUAAAUACAAUGAAUAUAUGGUCAGGUUCUGAUGUUUUUCGUGCAGCUUAAGUUCUCAGGUUUUUUUUCUACUUUCUCGCUUUGCCCAGAAUCGAUGUAUAGCUUGCGUAACCAAUAAAUAUGGCAAUGAUGCGGACAUAAAACACUUCCUAAAAGUUCCCCGCUGACUGAUGUUGAAAUAUAUACCUAGCAAAAGAUUCGCGUUUGUUACGCGUAUACUCGGUACGUUAGUAUGUGUCGUAAAUAAAAGUCUAAAUCCGCGAUAAAUCGAGUUAUCAUGUAGGUCCCGGCUGCAACGCAGGCUAUGGUAGCUAGUGCUGCAUAACUUUUUGUCCGGGUAUAAUUACUUUGACUGAGUGGCAUUCACGUCAAAUGGAGCCAGUUAUCAACUGUUAUUAACAUGGUUCGGGUUCUUAUAGUUACACCUAUUGUAGCUUCCCACGGUUUCGUCACGCGUUCCUGCCCCCCCGUGGGACAGGAACGCGUGACGAACCACAAAGAACGUCUGCGUGGUAGGCUAAGUUACACGUAGCGUUUAGCGGUAUUAGCGGUUUUCUUGUGGCGUUACAGGGUUUCAACAUGUUUAGCUUGGAUCUAAAAUGUUAUUUUAACCCGCAAAGAAAAGCUGUCGUGUUCGAAAGUUGUUUUUGUCAGUUAUUUUUUAACUGCUAACAAACAAGAAAGUGAAAUAUCAGCCUUUCUGUAUAUGGCAAAAUGCCCAGGGGUAUCUCGAGCUGAAAAAUGCCCGAUAAAUACCCUCCUGGUAGGGGUGCACCCCUACCAGGAGGGUUGGACUGAGAAUUGAGCGCCGUUUGUAAAAAUAUUAUAAAUGUUAUAAAUAUACCUAGUGUAGAACUUUAACUGCUUGUAAAUGCACUGUCUUUUAGAUAUGAGUGUGAAAUACGAAAUAUGAAAAACCAGAACGUUUUCUCGACUUUUGCACGGCCAAAAAAAUGUAUCUGUUAGCCUAGCCUGAAUGGCAGGCGCAAAAAGGGAAGGAGGAUGGGGAAGGGAGAAAAGCGCGAAGGUGGGGAAAAGGAAAGGGAGCGCCGUCUCUUACCCUCUCUCUCCAAUCGCCCUCCCUUUCCCCCUUCCUUCCUAUCCCCUACCGCUUUCGACGCCUGCUACGCAGGCUACUGUCAGCUCUUUUGUAACCUGCAAAUACAGCCGUUUCUUCUCGGUCGUUGCUGUUAGAGACGGUUCGCAGGUUUUCCUGGCCGGGAGGGGGAGGGAAAAGGGAAGAUUAGAUACGGUUGUAACGAGACUGGUACUAUUAAAUACUGGUUCCUCUUUCCGUUAAUGUUUUGAUUGUAGGAUCGUUACGCUGACGCGAGAGUGCUUCCACCAGUGGAUAAACAGCAAGAUUAUGAACUCACCGGAUUUCAAGAAAGCGGCGGCAAAACUCUCCUUAAGUUUAAGAGAAAAUUUGACACGUGUGACACCAGCGACAGAAAACUGGAGGUAAUCUAGGGUUUUUAUCCGUCUUUUUUCUGAAUUAUUACCUGAAUUGUGGUUCUAAAAAAUAACAUUACAAUACUUUUUGUGAUGAUCGUCGUGUUUAAAACGCAACUCCAAUCAGAUUCCGCGGCAUAUGUCACUCUGUAAACUGCGCCUUUCUUAUACAAUCUUAUCUAAUCACCUUCUUGGUUUUAUUUAGGUUUUCUCGCCACUUAUUGUACAGUAUCUUUGUUUAUUUGAUUUUAUCAAAGCGCUUAUUCUUGUACUUUAGUGUGGCAAAUUUGAAUCGAAGGUUGAAUUAAAAGUGGAUUGCAGUUUCCCCUCAAAAUGACGUCUGAAAAAAGAGCAGAGAAAUUCUAUACUGAUGAGGCGUUAUCACUCAGAUGUGGGUAGUGCUUCUGAUUGUUUUAAGAAAAUUCCCCAUGCGGCACGAUCAAUCAGAAACACUACCCAGAUAUAGGUAGUGACACGUAAUCAGUAUGGAAUUUCUGCGCUCGUUUCUCAGAGGUCAUUUCAAGGGAAAAACCUGCGCUAGCGUCGCGAAACGACGGCUGUUUUCUCAGGCUGAUUAAAGGUAUACAUGAAGCUGUUGAAACGCUUGCCUAAAGAUCCAUUGUUGCAUCAUCGCAUUUUUUGUUGCAGGUGGGAGCUACCAAGGUUGUGUUCGCGUAUCAUUCUGAAGACCCAGAGUCAUCUACAGAGAUCAAAUACCAUGAGUUCAGAGGAGCUAAAACCAUCCUACUGCUGAACAGUUUAGACAAAAGAAACAUCAGUGAGACUGGCUGGAAAAAAUACACUAUGACUACAAAGAAUGUAAGGGAGAAAAACAUUUCACGCGAACUCUUUUUCCAACAUACCGUAUUUAUUCGAAUAGGCGCCCAACCUCGAAUUAGCGCCCACCUCGAAUAAGCGCUCACCCCGAAUAAGCGCCCAUCCUAAAGGCGGAAAAAGUUAAUAACCGCCCAGCCUCUAAUAAGCGCCCACUCCCACCCCACACUACCUCCCGCCCACUCCCACUCAAACUCAAAUAAGCCUUACCAUUUACUGUUUUGUUGAAAAAUGUACAUACUACAGUUGUUGAAAAGGGCGAAAAUUUUAUAAGCGCCCACUCUCAAGGUCCAGAAAUUGGCAAGGGCCCAGGGCGGUUAAUCGAAUAAAUACAGUACAUCUUGUUUUUUAAAAAUGUAUGAAAUGGCUGCACAACCUGCCCCACCCCAGUGAAACAAUAUACGAUGCCAGAGAAUAAGGGGUCGCAGAAGAGAAGGAUAAGGGUAGUUCAGUCUACAACCACUUCAAUUAUCAUCUCAAUUCCACGUUAUUAUUAGAACCAGCGAAAAUUUCUCACUAAAUACGUUUUUUUUUACACUAGAUAAAAAUCUAGUAGUUUUUAUCCUCAUCCACAACAGGAAAUAAUAGAGUCGGAAUAAUGAUUGUAGAUGAAAGAUGCAAAAAAAUUGAUAUUGUAAAUGACAAGGCAGAAGUACGAUACCGUGCUAUUUGUUCAGCGCUUUUUGCGCUGUAAACUGUCGGCGAUCUCAUGGUUAUUUGGAGUGAGUUGCCAAAAACAAGCAAAAACAUAGAGCUGAGGCGAUGAAAAUUUUCAUUACUUGCACCCUAUGGAACCGCUGCAUAAAGACUGACAAAUUCCAUAAAAUUGGGGCUAAAAUCAGAUCGAAGUCGCACAAAAGCGCCAAAAAGUCCGUGUAACUGUGUUAACGAAGAAGUUUUUCUUUGCCUCGAGAGCAGAAGCCAGGUUUUUCGAUACGGACUCAGCCAGGCGUACGAAAUAUAAGUAGCUACUGCUUGCAGGGUCAGUGUGCUCAGUGGCCUUCAAAUUCCCUCGAGCGCGCGUGAUCAAAAACAAAUCCGCGGGGGCUUUAUUGACCGCCAGCGCCGCUCUCGCUCUCGCUUGCUCGCCGAUCUUUUCGAAAAGAACGAAGAGAAAAAAACGUCUGUGUACACGCAACGUCCUCAGGGAAAUUUAAAGAAACUGGUCUGUUCUCAACCUAGGACUGCAUAACAUUUAUCGAAGUUUUCUUUCUUUAUUAUUUCUUCUCCUAUCAGUUUUCGUUGAAUAGGACGUACUUCUUGAUCAAGUUAUCCGUUGUCAUGCAUCCAUUAAUUUUACCUCAUGGGUUUUGGGAAUGAAAAGGUUCUUCAUUAUGGGGAAGAUAUUUUAAACGGAAGAUUAGUUUUAACACUAUGCAUCGCUAUCCUAACCAAUAACCUAUACUUAAGCAAUAGAAAACGUUUCUUGAUAUAAACACGAGAGGGGUUGGGAGGAUUCUCAACAGUUAUGCAAACCCUCGACUUCGUCUCGGGUUUGCAUAACUGUCGAGAAUUCUCCCAACCCCUAGAGUUUUUAUAUCAGGAUAUGCAAACACAGGAAAAAAGUUUUCUAUUGCUUUUAUAAAAUAACUUUCCCGAGAAAAAAAGCAAAACUCGCUUGUUUAGAGCAUUGAUUAAAAGAGAAAUUCUUAGCAGUCGCGACAGAGUCUUGUACACGAAGCUUGUACGCGUAAUCAGUCUUUGUUUUGCAAAGAAGAUACUUUCCAAAAUACGGGUUUUUCUCGCUUAAAAUGUCAGCUCAAGAAGCUUCAAGAGAGAAAAAAUUGACACAGCAUGUUUCUAAAGAUUUUUCAAGUUUCGACCGACGAGGAAAUGGGUAAAUAAAAUAAACUUGUCGAGUUUUCACCUCAAAACUUUUUCAAAUUCGUGCUUGCGUGAUUAGCUCGCGAAAAGCAAAACAUCUUGAUGUUAUUAUCGUAUGUUUUGUGGAAACUUGUGCAAGAAAAAUCAAAACAGCAGCAUUCGCAAUAAGCUUAUAAAAUGUUCCAUAGGUGAAUUACUCGUGAGUUAAUUUUUAGUUAUUCAUCGAAAAACCUUCUCUCGAUGUUGAAAACUCUUACGUGUAUUCAAAGGAGGUGUAUCGACCCGAAUAUUAUCAAAAUUCCAACAGUAGGAACUCAGGCUGUCAGCAAAUCGAGUGAACAUGAAAAUAAUCGCGCAAAACAUUAAAAGAAGGUAUUAAUAACACGGGCGAAUAUAAAAACGAAAUUUAUUUUCUAGGCACGAAUGGAUAAACUUGACUGAAGAAAAUAAAAUUUAAAACGGAUUGAAUUUGUGGGUUUUAAAACAAUUAUUAGCCUAACAGUUUUUCAAAGUUUGUUUUUGUUGUUUGUAACGUUUAAUACACUGGGAAACAUAUUUGAUGGCCAAGAAGCUGUGAUUUCGUCGUUUACAAAUAAUUUGUUCGAACGCGUUGUUUUCAAGAAAAAAAUCGCGCAAGAAGAUAAACUAACUGAUCAUACGUUUUCCUGCUAACUGUCUAUUGUGUCACUAAUUGAUAAUUCUUACUGCAAUUUGUCUUGUCUAUAGGUAACCAUCCCUGCGAAAGAAACAACUUAUUGGUGUGCUCUGCUGAAAGGUCCAGAAUUAAAUUCCAAACACCACAUCACCAAGGUUGGUUAAUAGGACGUGAGUCCUGAUUUGUUGCAAGGUCUCAAUGAAAUCGCGAGGCAAAACUAAACGCUCCCGGUAUAUGAUGUGUAUAAACUUAUAUAUUAUAUGAAACAAGGACAUAGGACAAUUAAGGGGCAACUAGGGGCCGAUUUUAUUUGACUUUUUAAAAUCUUACCAUUAGUCAUAUCUACAUCCAAUAGUCCAUCAUUGUAGUUUUUAGGGAGAUUCCCUCAAACAAAAUUCAUCCUUGUUUGCCCAUAUAAAAAAAGUGAAGGACAAAGACAAACCACAGCCAGGGUAAGAAAAAUCAACAGUAUUAUUCUCGUCGACACAAACUCACAGGCAGUCAAGAGCGUCGGAAAUCCGAAUUAGGCAUUUCAGUACAGUUUUCGUUCUCUGUAGAUCACCUUUUAUCGAUUUCAAUUUUCAGUUUGAGCCUUACAUACAGAAAGGAAACGAAGGAUUCGUACAUCAUUUCCUGUUAUAUGAGUGCGAGGGUAACUUCGUCGAGAAAGAUUUUGAUAAAGGCGUCGACUGCGACGAUCUUCCCAAUAUGGCCUAUGCUAAGUGCAGGGACUCUAGUCUUGUAGCUGCCUGGGCUGUAGGAGGACAGGUAUGACCUCUCUGUUCAAUUAAGCCAUAGCCAAACACGUCAAAUGUCAACUGAAACCAGGUAAUUUGAAAUGAGAUCGCCUGCAGGAAUAUUCCGUUAUUUAUCUUGAAGGACUGUGGGACAUACGUCGAAAACAAUAUUGAAUUAAUUCUGACUAGUUCCAUUAUGACAAUGACGGAUCCAGGGAAGGGGCCCGGGGAGCCCGUCCCCUCCUCCAUUUUUGGACCAAACUGAGGCCCAAAGGGCCGAAAAAAUUUUUUUUAAGACUGCUCUCCCUUAUCUCAGGGUCUGAAUGACCCCUUCCCCCUUAUCUGAAGGUCUGGAUCUGCCACUGUAUGAUAAUCUUAGUGAACUUCAUCAAUAGAUUCAAUGUAACUGGAGACACACAACUUUACAGCGGCAGUAUUAGCUCAGUCGGUAGAGCGCUUAAUUGCAAAGUGGGAGGUUGCGGUUACGAUUCCCGGGACCGGAUCAAUACCCCGGGUCUUAAAAUAACUAAGAAAUGAAGGUACUGCUUUUGGCCUGCAAAUGUCUAGACCUUCGCGUGGCUCGGAAGACCACGUAAAAUGGUGGUCCCAUAAAAAUAGUGUCCGCAAUUAGUACUUUCAUUCUAAAUGCAUUGACACACAUAUAACUCGACUUCACACUUCACGCAGUGGUGAGUUAACUGACCGUUACGACUGUCAACAGAAGCCUAAUCCGUAUCAGGGAUGAAAUUGGGGAUGCUUUUGAACGCUCCGUACAUACUGACAUAACUAUAAAUAACUAUGUGAAGAUGAAAUAAUCAUGCUGAAUAUUUCAACUAAUAUAUCAUUAAAUGAGUCAAAUUAAAACUCUGCAGAAAAAAUAAAAAUAAAAAUAAAUAAAACUGAAGUAGUUGUACUAUAGUUGAAAUAACAAAUUACUGUACGUGAAAUAAUUGUGUGUCAUAAUUGUUUAAUAUCGCCUUUUUCUUGUCUUGUCCCGCCUAGAUUAGCAUAAUAGCUAAAUUGGAUGCGGAGUCUCCAAUUUUGUGUAACUUAAUCUUUUUGUUACUGAAUAAAUUGUGGUGUUGCUUAUUGUUGAUUCUUUUCCCUCCCCAUUAUAUUUCAGGCUUUCUACUAUCCCCCACAUGCUGGUUUCCCGCUUGGAGAAAAAGAUUCUCCAAGGAAUUUUCUACUAGAAAUGCACUAUGAUAACCCAGGAAACAUCAAAGGUAUGAUAAGCUAGUGACUGGUAUUAAAAAAAAAAAGAAGAAGAAGAAGAAAAAAAGCAAGAAAUACAAAAUAGAAUAGACAUAAUAUACAAUCUUUGCUAUUACACAUUGAUUUCUCUCUUACUGCGCCUUCUAAAACACGCAAAUUCUGAAGUUCAAAAGCCGCCUUUACAAUUGCUUUUACGCUGCCGUCAAUCAUGAUUACUCUUCCCAAGCAUUGAACCUUGAAACACAAAUUCAUACAAGAUAGAUUGAAAUCCACCAAUCACAAUCACAAACCAUGACUUUUUGAACCCAUUAAAGUAAAGUUCUGUUUUCUAAGAUGUCCGCUAAGAUGAUUGACGCCAGCGAAAAACGCAAACGUCAGUUGGCUUUUGAACUUCGGAAUUCGCGUGUUUUUGAAAAGCGCAAUAACCAGACACCGUUUGGCGGCACUUAAUGCUCUAAUUGUAUGGCUAUUCCGCGGGCGGGCAAAAUAAAGUCGCACGUGGGGCAGGAAAAUGGAGGAAGCCCUAAGAAUGUCAGUGUGGGAUGCUACAAUUAAAGCAAAUAAACGCUCUUAUUGGCUACCUGAGCGUGCAAGAUAUACCUAUAUUUUCCGGGAUUUCCAGCGUUGGUUACUCAACAAGGAAAGGUUUUCUCGAUCAUGUUAUCAAUCCGUUAUUGGCCACGUUUGUUUAAUAAAGGUGGCUGGAUUAUGGGCUCGAAUCGUCUCAGUCCUUGAAAGCGAAAGCAAAGAAACAAAAACACCUAAGAAAUCAAAAACAAAAAUAACAGUUGAAAAAAACAAACAAUAAAAACAACUAAAAACAACGUCAACAGCGAGUGCAUAAAAAAACUAGAUAAAGCAUUCGGUAUUGUGUUAAUUACUGAGAGAUUCGUCAUUAUACCAGCCUUUUUAUCUUUUCAAAGUGUCAAAAUGAUAAAAUUUGCCUCUACAUAUCGCGAAAUGACAUCAAAAAGGUAAAUGACGUCGGGGCUAUCAGUAAAAAUUCAAUAAAGGUAAGGAUAUGACGUGAAUUUGAGUAGAAUACUGAUUCGCCCCAUGUCUUAUUACAAAUAUAUAGUCUUAGAUUCUGGAUUCCACGCACUGGAUUCCGGAUCCUUGAUCCUGCCUAUUCUUAAUUUCUUGUUAGUGGAACCGGAUUUUAAUCGUUAACAAAAAACAAAUAAAUAAAUAAGAAAUAAAUGAAAAUAAAAUGAAAGAAGAAGAAGAAGAAGACUUAGGGAUCCGGAUACACCUACCCUUGGCGAACACAAAACGUAGAAAUUAUGCUGACGUACACACCGAAGAACUAUGAAACAGCACGCCUGUCUUUCAUUAUUUCAGGUCAAGAGGAUAGCUCUGGUGUUACACUUUACUACACCGAUGAGCUUCGUGAGUACGACAGUGGAAUUGUCAGCGUGGGUAGGAAGGUAGAUGAGUGGUUUAUUAUCCCACCUAAACAGAAGAACUGGAUGACUAUCGGUUACUGUACCCAUGAAUGUAGUGAGGUAAAUUAGAAGAGAAUUAUAUAAUUAUACUGUUAUGGCAAUACAACUGUAAAAUAUGAAAGGAAAUUUUAUAAUAACCAAUGAGCAAAAUAACUUAAAGAAUUGCCUUUUUGCUUCGGGUAAUUUAAUUUUUAGACCCCACUUUGUUUUUGUUAUCUUUUCAUAUAACGUUUGGGUUCUAUUUUAUCUUUCGUGAGAAUUUUAUUUUAGUCAUGGAAAGUUCGUUUACGUCUGUUUUACUUAACAAUUAAUGAAUGAGGCUGAGUAUCUUAUGAAGAAUUAUGGAGAUCGAGGAGGGUGUUAUACGGCCUCGAUAACACCCUCCGAGAUCUCCAUAAUUCUUCAUAUGAUACGUAAGCCGAAUUCAAUAACUGUUUUAUUAUUCAUUCAAAACAAGAGAGGAUAAAGGGGUCAGAGAAGGCAUCCCCCAUACACAUCCUAUUCAUUGCUAAAAAUCGCUAAUAACCAACCAGAACUAACGGCAUACACCGUAGGUGAAGGAGUUCUAACUAGUGUCGUUCAUCUUCAGUCCACUCUUAAAUCAACAAACUUACCAGGAGGAGGAAUCAACGUAUUUGCUGGUUUACUGCACACCCACUUGGCAGGUAAGUAAUACAAUAGAAAAUUUAUUCUUCUGUAACUGUACUCACCCGCAUGUUCCUUGUUACCCGCGGAAUUAGCUCUAUUAGCCCGGUUUAGGGUGCCAGUCUGCAGAUUUUUGUACUGGUUUAAACGUACAACGUAGAUAUUUAGCACAAACACAUUUAACAAAAAGGCCUUUGCGCCUUCUGACGCAAAGAGGUACAAAGAUAUGAUGACCAAAUUUAACGUAAAGAAGCGAUCCCUGUAUUGUCAUCCUGAUGUAACUCUUUCUACGAUGCAGCGACGCUAGUAUAAGAGAGAAACUGAGAAAAAACAACAACAACAACAACAAACAAAUAACAAACAAACAAAACACGAUGCCUUCAAUGUUUCUUCAUAUGGAGUACAGCAUUUAUGCAGAACCAAAACUUGAACUAUUUUGGUAUUUUCCAAGGGAGGGAAUGAGACAUGAGCUUUAGUUUUGUCUGACGAUAGGCUGACCUUUUUUGCUUUGUUUUGCGUUAAUCGUUUUGGUUUUGCUUGUACCUUUUAUGGUAGGUCGUGCUAUCUGGACCAAACAUGUUCGAAACGGGAAAGAACUCCCUGAGAUUGGACGGGAUAACAAUUACGACUUCAAUUUUCAGGUUUGAUUAUGUUCGUUUAAGAUAUAAAAGCCUUUGUUUUAUGCAGUGAAACAUGUUAUCUUUACUUCUUCCAAAGAGCGUUAAGAUAUGCUUAUAGUAAUGGAUUUGCUGAUCUUACACUUUGCUUUACAGGACAUACAAGUUUUUAGAAAGGAAAUCAAUAUUCAGCCGGUGAGCAAUAGUAGUUUUGGGUACUCUUCUAUUUGAUCAUUGUCUUAAACUAUGUUGUUACAUUAUGAGUGCCCUCUAUGCUUAAUUUCUGAUGCUCUAAUCCUCCGAUUUUCCUUCCCAAGUUUUACGGAAAUAUACGCGGAGUCAUUUCCGUCGCAGAGGUUGCUAAGUCUAUCAGCGGCGUUUUUGAAAUCAGGAAAAUUGAAUUUCAGUCAUUUUCUUUCGGAAAAAGGAUUAUAACAUACCAAAAUUUACCAUGGGUAGCUGGCUGGAUUAGCGGGGGAAUGCUGUAGCACUUUGGUGGCGUUGCCACGAGUAGAUUCCGCCAAUAGGCACCGCCACCAAAAAGGCACCCCGGGCAAAACAAUCCCACCAACAGCGCAUGCAGGCUAAUAGAGAGGAGAGUGUGACGUAACGUUACCAUGGUGGCACUAUUUCUGGAUGACAACAAAACUGACGACGACGACGACGGCAAGGAGAACAGCAAAAAGUAAUAUGUUUAUAUAUUAACAAACAACAACUUAAUUUGCACGUGCAUCACGCUAUUUUGUACAUUUCUUUGCCGUUGUUGCACCACUACGACAUGAAACUUCCUAAUUUCACGAGCCCGCUUUAUAGAGAGUAGGUGAACACAACACAAAAAUUAUCGCUUUCCUUUUCGAAACUUAGAUUACAAUAGAUACGUUCCCAAAGAAAAUUUCGCCAAGAUUUGCCAAAUUAAAUGAAAUUGAACAAGAUCGGUCAAGUUUGAACUAGUGCGAAUAGACUUUUAGGUGACUUUAUCGGUUUGUUGUUAUCCAUAAAUUUUGCUACUAUGGCAACGUGACGUAACGACUUCUCCUCUCUAUAGUUAUGAAAAGCAACGUGCGUUUAAUUGGUGAUUUUUUCGAUUUAUUUUGUCCCCGUAAGUAACUACAGUGUGUGGUCCCCUGAUCAGGCCGGUUUUACCUUGUGAUGAAAUUGUCGGGAAGAAAAUAAGAUGACAAUACAAAAUAACGAAACUGUCCGAGUGUUUAUUGAUCUGUGUGCCGUCUAAUAAGCUCAAUUGGAGGUCUUCCUGGUGCUAGGUGAAUUUUGUUCUGUAAUUUUUGUCUUUUUUAUGGCGCUUCAAACUGCUUGGAUACAUUUUGAAUUCACACAUAUGCGAUUAAGUGCGGUAAGAAAGCUAAUUUUUGGUGUACAUGGUGUACAAUAAAUGUUCUUUUGAAUUGCAAACAAAAUUAGGUGGACAGGUUGAAUUUUAAAACUUAAGUUUAAGAUAAUAUUCCAAAGUAAAAUUUGUUUACAAGGCCCUUGGUCCGGCCACCGAACGUGGAUAACAUAAACCAGCCAAAUAGUUAUUGAAGAGGGAAAGCCGCAGAAAGUUCAGUUUUCGGUUCGUUUAGUCCUUAGUAAAUUAAGAUUUAUGAAUUGAAGUGAGGAUCUUUCAACUUUUAGGUACGUUUUAAGUAAAGCACUUUUAACGAGUGGAGUAAAUGAUAAAAAACGCAGACAUGGUUCAAGUUAAAUAUAUUGCUCGAGACUUUCCCAAUAGCACUGCACUUUAUUAAUUGAGUAAUGAUCAAGAAGGCCAUAAAAAGGAAGCUUAUAAUUAUCCGAUUGGUUUCAUGAGGGAGCUUUAGCAAAGUCAAAAAAUCACUGAAGCAAUGGGGUUUUAACAAGCAAAACAUUACCCUGCACGGACUGCACGUGCAUGAUGACGCACGCUUUUCGGUCGGAUUUCUUUGCCGUUGCUCCCCAAGAUUUCCUGAUGGGAACGGGUUUUUUUGACAAGCGACGACUAAUUAAAGUUUUCUUUCCCUGUAAACUUCGAUUGAAUUCAUUUAAAAUAGUGGCAAUUUCGCUGCCGUCGCAUCGAAACUGCACGACAAACUUUCGUACAGAAGCAAAACUAAUAUAUAGAAUUAGCCAGGGCUAAAAGGGAAGCUCUUGAAAAUAUUUAUAGUUUGUUCAAAGAAAAUAUAAAAGCGGCGAAGGCAUGCAACGCCGGAAAACGGUGAAAAACAACAAUAGGUCUAAUUAGCAAAAGCAACUUUGCAUGUGCAGCACACUUUUCUUGUACAUUUCCCUGCUGUUGUUUUGCAUGACUACAUAGUGAUACUUUCAGAAACUUCUUAGUUACACGUUUUAUAGAGGGAAUGUUGUACGUGUUCCCGUUCACUUUUUUUUCACUGCAGCUCAUUUUCAACUUGCAUUGGUGGCCGCUAGCAUUUCUCAUUCUGUCACCGCCGCUACAAAAUUUUCAAGUUGUUCUUCCAACAAAAAAUGUCUCCUUCCGUUUUUUAUCUCUCGCUCUAUUUCCCUGUCGCCCUUUUUCUCGUUGAGCUUCGCUGGCCUGCCGCCCACUUUCUCUUUUUCUGUCUUUCUCUUGCUCUAUAUUCCAAAUUUGCGGACAUGACAAUUUAUCUAAGUUUAAUACUUUAGACAACACGGAUACAGAAACAAUUUCCGCUUUCCUUUUUCGUCUUUAUUGACUCUUUUGUUGUCUUUGCUUUACAAGACGCCGGUGGCUAUGCGAUUUCCCGCCAAAAUAAUCUCGAGUUGCAUUUGGGUUGCCAUACCUGUUGAUUGAGUUAUUUUACAUUGGUAUGCUUGUGGUGCGGACGGUCGGUCGGUCGGUCGGUCGGUCGGUGUACGGUCACGUGAUUACCAAAUUUUCUCUGAUGGGUAGAUUACUUCAUUUUCUUACCCAUGGUGCUCCGCUGGCGCGCGAAGGAGAGCUCCGCUAUUAAUUCUUCAUGAGGCCAAACUAAGCCCUUAAAACAGAAAUCUUAUUUUGGUUUCGAAGUUAAAAUGAUGCCUAUAGGUAAUAUACAGGAAUUUAGUUCAGUUGGCGCUUCGUGUUUCAAAGUGGCAGGACCAAGGAACCAUUGGUCGGACCAGGGACCUUCAAACGGAGCAGUCAUUUUCUAUGAUGCAGGAUUUUCGGCAAAGCUUAGAGGCUGUCGGUUUGUCACAAGUUAUAAUAAAAUGUUACGGCAACGAACAGGACAAAUUUCAGCUCACCGCUCCUCUUCUAAAAUAAAAAAAAUACUCAUUUACGUCUUUUUCGUCCGGACCAAGGACCACGUACUGUAUUGUUAGGUCGUUGUUAGGCAUAACGCGUCAAUUCAUUUGCGAAUAAAGUCCGACUGAUUUUGAAAAAAAGUUUUCGAAUAUUCUAUAUAUCCUAACAUUGCUAGCAUAGGGUCUGUAUGGGGGAUUAACUCUCUUAGCCCCUUUACCCUCUCUUGUAGCAUGUCAUAUACAAUGGCUGCAGCAAAAUUAGGGUGAGAUGAAUACGACUAAUUCAGAGGAAAUUUUAGUUUACAGAUGGAGUGUAUAAACCUUUCCCUUUUUUAAUACACUAUAUCCCGUGAUUGAUUGAUCAUUUUCUGUAAUGUAUAACAGACUGUUUAUGGCUGAUGUCAAAAAUUUUCCUUCUUUUUGACCAAAGCGCGCACAGAGGUGAAGGUUUUACUCUGUUAGUUCUGACUGAGUUAAUGAAGGCUUUGAAUAGUCAAAGGGUAACUAGGUAGGUGCAGGAAUAAGAGACGAAAAUAUCUUUUGGCGGUUUGAAAAAAUACCUAAACUGGACCGAAUAGGACUUCGAAAAGUCUAACCGCGCGUCAAGGCUUGUUUUUGACGGUGCAUGGACUAGCCUACGCUGGAAGUUUAAUUGCAUGUUAAACUACGAUGGCUAGCAAAUCUAUCGAACAUAAACUUAAUUAGGAAAGUACAGUAAGCUGUUUACCAGCUUUUAUAAAAGAGUAGCGCCCUUAGGCUUAGUUUAUUUGUCCUGGGUGUAAGUGUCACCCGCCUACCGGCCAAGCUACCCUGGGCAAGUCUUCUUUUCAUUUCCUCACAAAAUGUGGCAAACCGUUUAGAAUACAUGAAAAGAAAAAAAAAACGUUGGCUCGGCUUGGAGGUUGACGCGCCUACCUUAUUUGCAUAUAAUUUCGCGAUUUUAGUGAAAAAUUAUUUCGCGGGGUUUUACUUUCGCGAUUUCAACAGCCAAAUGUGAAAAAAGAGCAUUAAAUUUCGCGAUUUCGCGUUCUCGACGUCAUUUUAAGUCUGAACUUUUAAGCAAUUUCCAUAUAAACUGGAACAAGCAAUGUGGAAAAUCUUUGCAAAUUAAGUAAACGUUAUUUUAAAAAAAAUCGAGCGUGGCAGUAAAACCAGUAAACAAUUUGUGUAUUUUUCGAUACGUAUCUUGUAUAUGAUAUUACUAUGUUAAUAAUUUUUUCGGUGUUUUUUUCAAUUUUCUACAUGGGAAUUAAAUUUUGUGUGCUUUAAUUUCGCGAGGAUCUAUUUUCGCUGGUCUUUAAUCUCACGAAUUUAUUACAAUCGCAAAAACGCGAAAUUAAAAGGCCAGCGAAACUAAGUACCAAUAAGCAAGGUAUUCAGUUUCUUUUUUAUGAUUGCAUUCUAAUAGUUUUUUACUUGUUUCUAGGGAGAUGACUUAAUCCAUUACUGCAAGUACGAUUCAGUGGAUCGCAAUAAACUAAUCUAUGUAAGUCUUACAUGCCAUGUUAUGUGUAUGUCUUACUUAACAUAUUUCGCUUGGGAAGAAACAACCACCCAGUGCCAUUCUAAUGAUAUUUCCAUGUAGUCUAAGGGCGCUUUCCAAAAGUCAGAACUGGCCGGCCAGACCAUGGCUGGAGCAGCAUUUUUACAAUGAAAUAGGCUUUUCCCAACAGUUUUUGCUGAAAAACCAUCUCCUUCGUGCAUAGUUUUUAGGAUUUGACGGAUCUGGUUGGAUAGUUUUGAUUAAAAGUAAAAUUUUCAUUACUACGGGAAUGCUCUGGCCGGUCAGUUCGGACAAAUGGAAAGCGCCCUAAGAUAGCAACGACGACGAAAAAGUGCUGCUUGACAUUAAGGGGGCCUCGUCACGGCUGUUAAGUUAAUUUUGUUAAUAAUGCAACUACGGGGCUUUGUGCUCUAUGGAACCUGGGUAAUUAUACAACGGCUCUUCUGUAUUCUGAUAAGCUGUAUUUUCUAAGGCUUGGUAUAAAAAAGGAGAUACGGACGGAAAAUAAUGGUUUUUGAAAACUUGUUGGUCUAACUAGUUUUUCAAAGUUCAUUUCUGUCGUUUGUAACGUGUGAUAUAGUUCGACAUAACGCUUAGAAGACAAUUUGCUUUGAUGACACGAAGCUGGAAUUUUGUCAUUCACAUUCGACGGUCAGUUACACUCAAUCUUCCCAUCGUGUGCUGCGAUCUUAAUCCCGCCAACAUUUUGUAAGCGGCGACAUUUCUAGUUUAUUUCAAGUGUUGUUUGAGCCGUUAUUAUAUCUAUCACUCGCAUGAGUCACUUUAUUCUAUCCCCGGUUUAUUAUUUUUCCUUUAUCCAGGGUGGAAUUUCAAGUAGAGAUGAGAUGUGCUUAAACUUCAUGUUCUAUUACCCACGUAUAACAAACGGCGGCUUCAGAAAGUGUCAGAGUAUCCAUUUUGAUUCUUCUUAUCAAUUCAUCGAUAAGUAUUUGUAAGUAUUACAUUUUUUCAGCCAAGUUGUGUUCAUUUUAUACAGGAACAUUUCUGCACCCCAUUUAAGGGGGCUUAUAUAUACGAAGUGACAGCAACGGCGACAGCAGGACUAUGACUUAAAUUUUCCUGAUGGAAACAAGCAAAACAACAACUAUUCACCUACACCUCAAUUUCCUUGAAUGUAAUGUUUUUGUAGUUUUCCGCUUUUUUACGACAUGAUUUUUUCUAAUGGGGCAUUGUAUAAAUUAAGAAAAAAAAACAAAAAACAAAAACAAAACGACGAGGCGGCCAUCUUUUUCUUCUGUAUUUGGGUACCGUCCAGUUCUGGAGAUUUUGCCUAAAGUUGAGAAAUUCAGCAAGUUGGAAUGAAAGCAGUGACGUUUUCUGAUUAUGGGAUCGGAUUAACGUUUUAAGAGAAUCUGAUGUUUUCGCGUCCGUCUCCGCCCCUAAUAAGAAUAGAAGAGGAUUUAAACUGCUUAGAAAAUUAACAAUUUUUUUUAAUGGUGGAUGCGUUUGUGAAAACUGAUUUUUUUCCCAGAUACAAGUUUAGGUCCAAAUUGGUGUUUUCUGCCAAUCUUGGACGUUAAAUGCGUUCCGAUCAGUGCGUGUCUGUGUUUUUUUGGUUUUUUAGUCAUCUUAGUUUGUGUAAGCUUUGUGUCAGAUUGUUCGAUCGUUCAUGGCUAUGCUUCAUGACCUCUGGUUAAGAUAAUUGUCAUGAAAAGGAUAUAAUGCUCAGACUUCGUUUUACAAACUUGGCAGGAGCGAGACAUGUAUAGGAUCUUGAAGAAGGCAAUAAAUAGAUGGGUUUUUCAGGGUCUACGCGCGAAAUGUCGAAACUUAAAUAAUCAUAAAACAUUCUCAAACCUAUUAUGAAUUUUACAAUGGCCUAUUUUUUUGUGUGGAUUGUAAUAUUUCAUUACAACGAUUUCAAGUCGCUCGUUCUUGAGAAUGUGUUAGGAAGUUGAAUAAAAAGGGAGGGUGGGGGUUAGGUCACCGUGCGCAUUUCAUUGCAACAACUGACGACAAAGGUUGAAUGAUCAUUUUACGCGAAGGGACUGGGACAAGAUUCGAGACCAGCACCUUUUAUAAACGGAAGAUUUUAUCAUUGUCAUUCUUGAACUAUAAUAGUGGCUAGUGUUUCCUCUUUUCGCUUUGAUGUGAAAAUGCGUUUUAUUUGCAUGAGAAUAAAAAAUGAAAUAUCUUUUUCAUAUUUACUGGCUUCGAACUUACCCUCGCUUUAACACAGAGGUAUGGGGCAACUCGGCGAUGGCCUAUAUAUCUUUAGUGGUAUAUUAUUAUUUAUUAUAUAGACACGAGUGUUUUACUGGAAAAUAUACCACUCGUAAAAUUCAUAAAAACUACAUCCGGGACCCGAGUGGUUUAUUUUCCAUAAUCUCACACGUGAGUUUAUCGAUGACGUAAUUUCGGUCAUUUCCCUCUAUCAUUUUAUCGAUGUGUUUUUGUCUAUAUAAUAAAAAGAACAUUACACGGCGGAUUGAAGAUAUGAAUUUUAUUUUCUCGUUUUGCCACUCGAAAAUAAAAUUCAUAUCUUCGCGCCACCGUGUAAUAUCCUCUGUAUAUUUUUCCUCAUCUUCUUUUCGUUUUAAAGUGACAAGGCGAACGUCACCUCAUGGAUGUACAAUCCUCUUGUCAAUAUGACCAUUGAUUGGACUGAUGAAAUGGCCUCUGACUUUAAAAAGUACGAAAGUGAAGUGAAAAACGUUUUCCCUAGAUGUCGCCUUUCCAAGGAUACGACAGUGGAGGUAAAUUUAAUAUACAUUGAUAAAAUGUUCAAGUCUUGUCAUGAUCAUGCAGUAAUUGGCAGUUACCGGUAGGAAAAAUAGCCCCCCUGGGAACGGCUUUAUUAGUGUAAAAGUUACCGUAUCUGUUCUCGCAAGCGCCACACUACAUAGGUUGGAAUUAAUUAACGAAUAUCUUCAGUUUGCAAAUAAUUUUUUUUUGAAUUUUUUUUUUUUGACCUUUGAUUCUUCAUUUAUUGUUUUUACCAUUAAGUGUGUGCGGUUUUAGAUUUUUCCAUGGGUAAAAUAGUUAUAAAAUAAUGGACAGGCAAAAACGAAAGGUAAAAUUCCGACUAUCACAAAGUGCCCUUGUCAAUAAAACUGAUAAAAGCGGAGACUGUUCGUAGACUGCAAAGAAAUUAUGGUAAUGUUGGUCCAUUGACACAUCAGAAAAUUCGGUUUUAAAUCGCCAGUAAGGAACCAAACCCUGGCAUUGCUUAUUGUGCCACCUAUUUUUACUUUGAAAGAUGAUUAACGUACAAUUUACACAGGUCGAGAAAAUCUUCUGACUCCCGUGCCGUCAAUAGGUCUCAAUAGUGCUUUUAACAACUACAAAUCUCUCUCUUUCUUCUUCUUGUCGCUGAUUUUAAUCAUUUUUCUCCACGUUUUUAAAACAGCUUUAUUUUAUUUCAUUUUUUAAUCAUAACUUUUUUUAUUCAAUAAUUUAUACGUUUUUUUUUUCCUUCUUCUUCUUCUUACCAGGACACGAAGAAUCCCAAAUUGCUGGUACCAGUACCAACGAUCACUAAUCCCCUCCCUCCUAAGAAGCCAAAUUGUCGCGAGGAACCAGUUGAUAGUGCCGCAAGUGAGCGCCUCCUUGCUUCAACGUUUGCACUCUUCUUCGGGAGUUUGUGCGUUGUUGCGGCUGCCAUUGUCUAA